AUGGAGCGGGUGGACACGGCCCACAGGUCCUUUAUCUGCGUGAUCUCUAGUCUGCUGUGGAGCUUGGGCAACAUGCUGCUGGGCGCCUUGGUCUACCUGGUCCUGGACUGGCGGGUCCUGGUCAUGACGGUGACCUCGCCCCUGAUCCUCGCUACCCUCACCUGGUGCUGGAUUCCAGAAUCUUCUCGCUGGCUUUUGGCGCACGGACGAGUGAAAGAGGCGGAGUUCUACCUGGACAAAUGUGCAGCCAUGAACAAGAGAGCAAAGUUCUCAUCCAAACUCAAACUGCAGGUGAAGUCCAGCAAGGGUGAAAAGUACAACUACCUCCACCUGCUGAAGACCCCCAAGCUAAGGCGGCUAACGCUGAUCAUGGGACUGCUGUGUUUGAACAUGGUUGGCUUGGGCCUGAACAUUUAUUUAACGCACAUCAUCUUCGCCGCCAUGGAAGUUCCUGCCAAGCUGCUGAUUUAUGUUUUGAUGGACAAGGUCGGCCGCAGGAAGUCUCUCGCUGGAACGCUGAUACUGACAGGAAGUUGCAUCGCCAUCAACACCAUUCUUCCCCGAGAUUUGUGGCAUUUGCGUUCUGCUGUGGUCAUCCUGGGUAAAGGACUAUCUCAAGCCUCCUUCACCACAGUCUACCUGUACACCUCAGAACUCUACCCUACUGUACUCAGAACCUUUCAAGGUGAGACUGACGAUCACAUGACCCACCUGUGCAGCGUCUGUAGUGACGGCGUGGAGGACGCCGACAACUGUUGUCACUCAUAA